AUGCCCUCUCCAAAGAGGAGCCCGGAUACUGAAACGUCCUUUGAUUGGGCAGAACUUCCGGUGGAACUCUCGGCCGCCAUUGCCAAACGCUUGGUUUCAAUUCGGGACUACAUUUCUUUCCGGGGAGUUUGUGAAUCUUGGCGAUCGGCCGCCACAUUUGAGAACUUCGACAGGGAAUAUCCUCGGGUUCCCUGGCUCAUGUACUUUAAUGUAGAAGAAGAGGGAAAAGAAAUUGCUGAAGGCACCAAGUUCUUGAACAUGUCCGAGAACAAGACUUACCAUACUACCGAUUUCCCUCCGGGCACCGGAGCGUACUUGUCAUGUAGGGGAUGGAUCCUUUAUAUUUCGGAGAACAUGGUUGAUGUCAAUUUGACCCACCCCGUAUGGCGCAUUAAAAUCGAGCUCCCGUGUUUGGACACUUUUCCAGCAUACAAACUUGAAGAUGGUGUCUCUCGUUUUAUUAGCAAGAUGGUUUUGUCAUGUAGCCCCACAACCAAGACUGAUCUUGUGGUUAUGGUGAUCUGGGGUGAAGGAAAUCAGCUGGGUUUUUCCAGGCCCGGAGACUCCUCUUGGACUGUGUUGGAUUCAUGGGAUGACUCAUUUUGUGAUAUUAUUUACCAUAAUGGGAGGUUAUAUGCAGUGGAUGUUAGGCGGAGGGUGGUCGAAUGUGAUAUCCAUGGCCCAAAUCCGGGCCAAAUACUGCAGGUUUUCAGCUUGCCAAAGGAUCAUGGUUUCUCCUUUUCUAAUAAAGACUUGUGCUAUUUUGUCGAGUCAUCUGGGAAGUUUCUGAUUGUUUCUCGACACUUCAACGACUGUAAAACCAUGAGGUUUCAAAUUCUUGAACUUGACUUGAUGGAUGGUAGUCACAAGGAGAUUUUUAAGCUGGGGAAGAGGGCCCUGUUCUUGGGUUUUAAUACUUCCUUCUGCCUCGAGCGUACUGCUUCGAUUAACUUAAAGCCUAAUUGUAUAUACUUCACGGAUCAUAUUUGGCGAUGCAUGCAUUUGGAUACUGGUGUCUAUUGCUUGUUCAAUGGGAGGAUCAAAGAUUUUGGUGGAUUUCCAGGGUCUGUUCAUGCUCCACCUCUAUGGGUUUUGCCUAGUUUUUGA